CCUAGCGGUCAAAUAGUAACAUCACACAUCGACCCAUUUAAUGCUGAGGACCAAUGAAAACGCCGUACGUUUUCUUAGCGCGGGAAAGAAUGAUGUCGACAACUACAUAGGUAAACUACAGGGAAAAGGCGAAGACACACACCCCACGGAAGCCAGUUUUGAGACGUCGUUUUCGCAUAGUUUGUCAUUUCAUCUUGGCUAAUAUCCUUCGAGGUGCUAUGGCUACAGAACGGAGUCCUGAAAUAUGUGUGAAUGUCCCGGAUGUAACGUUGUCAACGCCAAAGGGGAAGGACUUCUCUACAGCUAAAGGGGCUCAUAAAAGGACCCCAUACUCGGGACACACAAAAGUCCAUUCCAGCUUCAAAUCACCUGUCCAGACCUCCAGUACUGGCCCUGCCAAGCCUGAAGAAGAGAUAGAGGAACUGAAGAAGAGACGCGCAGAGUUAGACUCUGAGAUUACACUGUUGGAGAAAGAUGGGAUCAGAGUUGAUGAGUUGGAGCAGCACAUCGACUUGCUACAUGAGUACAACGACAUCAAAGACAUCGGACAGUCACUAGUAGGCAGGAUAGCCCUGAGAGGAGUGACCACACGAGACCUGUACGGCCAAUUUGGGCUUGAGCUGGAUGACUGAGGGAGAGCGACUGGGUGCCCAUCCUAUGCUCUGCCCCCUCCAGAACAAGAAGGGGGGGGGGCUAAGUUGCGUUCUUCAACAGUCUUUUCUUUGGUGGGUGUUUGGCGCGGUAUGGCCUAAUCCAUAUCGGUAUAACCAUGUGUGUAGGCAGCACACCGUACACAAUUGCCCUCUGGGCCAACAACAAAAGUGGAAAUUCAGAACAGUAGAGUCUAGAAUUAAUUGUUGCACAUCGUUCUCUUCUACUAACCCCCCCCCCCCUGUUUUAUGGGUCUUGACAAAGAACUAAGAGAACGGAUGAAUCUUAACUUCAAAACGGAAUCUACUUGCUCUCCUACAUUGCACUCAUAUAAUCGAGUAAUGCAUUUAUUUCCAUUAAGUAUAGUAAUGGUGCAUACUCUGCUUCGGAAGUGCAAGGGAAAACCGACUUUCAAACUAACAUCUGCUCUAUUUCCAAAUGUAGUGCUGGCAAGUUUAUUAGUAAAACAAAUGUUUUACUUCGUAAAUGUAUUAUAUUUGCACAUUUAAGUUCUGGCAAGUUCCAAUAAAAUAACUAUUUGUGCAGUAUGUUUUGUGUUUGACUGCAUGUUCAGAGAUAAAGUGAAUUGUCCCGCCA